UAUCCCGAAAAAGCGGCAGCCAAUCACGACCGCGAAUGCAAAGCGCUUCGCCGCCGCUCGCCUGAUACAGGAUCGCGUUGCAGUUGGUACAUAAAGGGUUCUCACCUCGCGGUUCCGGACAGAACGGCUUUCGAUCGUAAAAGUUCCAGGGCUGUUCUGGCGUGCCCUUGUGUGUCUGACCUGACUUCGACUGUCUCAAUCCACAACCACCAACACCAACCAUGCCUGGCCACAUCGUAAAGAGUACCGGUCCCGACCCCGACCCAACCGAGUACCUCUACGUGUCCCUGGAACAGAAACGUAUCGACCAGACCAAGCCCUACGAUGCCAAGAAGGCUUGCUGGGUGCCUUGCGAGAAGGAGGGCUAUGUCAUCGGCGAGAUCCAAGGCACCAAGGGCGACCUGGUGACCGUCGGACUCAGCGGCGGCGAAACCAAGAACUUCAAGAAGGACCUCGUCUGCCAGGUGAACCCUCCCAAGUACGAGAAGUGCGAGGACAUGUCCAACUUGACCUACCUGAACGACGCCUCCGUCCUGUACAACCUCAAGGCUCGCUACGUGACGAAGCUCAUCUACACCUACUCCGGCCUCUUCUGCGUCGCCAUCAACCCCUACAAGAGGUACCCCAUCUACACGAACCGCGUCGUCAAGAUCUACCAGGGCAAGAGGCGCAAUGAAGUCCCACCCCACAUCUUCGCCAUUGCUGAUGGCGCCUACAUGGACAUGUUGCAGAAUCACGAGAACCAGUCUAUGCUUAUCACGGGUGAAUCUGGUGCCGGCAAGACCGAGAACACCAAGAAAGUGAUCCAGUAUUUUGCCAACAUCGCCAGGAAAACAGACUUUUUCAGCAAGAAGGAAAAGCAAGAGAUCAAGUUCUCCUCAGGCAACCUGGAAGACCAGAUCGUCCAGACCAACCCUGUAUUGGAAGCCUUCGGUAACGCCAAGACUGUCCGAAAUGACAACUCCUCUCGCUUCGGUAAGUUCAUUCGUAUCCACUUCGGUCCAUCUGGGAAGCUGUCUGGCGCCGAUAUUGAAACCUACCUGCUGGAGAAGGCUCGUGUGAUCUCCCAGCAACCUCUCGAGCGAUCCUACCACAUCUUCUACCAACUCAUGUCCAACCAGGUCAAAUCGAUUAAACCCACGUGCUUCCUCUCCGACGACAUCCACGACUACCACUUUGUGAGUCAGGGUAAAGUAACAGUGGCCUCCAUUGAUGACGCUGAGGAAAUGCAGUUCACCGAUGAUGCCUUCGAUAUCCUGGGCUUCAGCAAGACUGAAAAGGAGGAUGUCUACAAGGUCACCGCCUCUGUCAUGCACUUCGGCGAGAUGAAGUUCAAGCAGAGGGGUCGAGAGGAGCAGGCUGAAGCCGACGGCACCGAGGAAGGUGAUCGCAUUGGCAAGCUGAUGGGUAUUGACGGCGCCGAGCUCUACAAGAAUCUGACCAAGCCCAAGAUCAAAGUCGGUAACGAAUUCGUGACCCAGGGUAGGAACAAGGACCAGGUGACGUACUCAGUGGGUGCGCUCUCCAAGGCCCUCUUCGAUCGUGUCUUCAAGUGGCUCGUGAAGAAGUGUAACGUCACCCUCGAGACAGGCCAAAAGAGAGUCAUGUUCAUCGGUGUGCUCGACAUUGCCGGCUUCGAAAUCUUUGACUACAAUGGCUUUGAACAGCUAUGCAUCAAUUUCACCAACGAGAAACUGCAGCAGUUCUUCAACCAUCACAUGUUCGUUCUCGAGCAAGAGGAGUACAAGCGAGAGGGCAUUAACUGGGUGUUCAUUGACUUUGGCCUGGACCUCCAGGCUUGCAUUGAGCUCAUUGAGAAGCCUCUGGGUAUCCUCUCCAUCCUAGAAGAGGAGUCUAUGUUCCCCAAGGCCACCGACAAGUCCUUCGAGGAGAAGCUGAAGACCAACCACUUGGGCAAAUCACCCAACUUCAUCAAGCCGAAGCCACCGAAACCUGGCCAGGCUGAGGCUCACUUCGCUAUCGUCCACUACGCCGGCACCGUCCCUUACAACCUCACCGGAUGGCUCGAGAAGAACAAGGAUCCCCUGAACGACACCGUCGUCGAUCAAAUGAAGAAGGCCUCCAACACCCUGGCUGUCGAAAUCUUCGCGGAUCACCCCGGUCAGUCGGGCGGUGACCCACAAGCUGGUGGCAAGGGAGGUAAACGUGCCAAGGGUUCCGGUUUCCAGACUGUGUCAGGAAUGUACAAGGAACAGCUCAAUAAGCUGAUGACCACCCUGAUGAGUACUUCUCCCCACUUCAUCCGAUGUAUCAUCCCCAAUGAACUGAAACAGUCCGGUGUGAUUGACGCAGCCCUUGUCAUGCAUCAACUGACUUGUAACGGUGUGCUUGAAGGCAUCCGUAUCUGUCGUAAGGGAUUCCCUAACAGGAUGGUCUACCCUGAUUUCAAGCAUAGAUACGGCAUCUUAGCCUCCAAAGCAGCUAACGCAGCCGAGGAUGAAAAGAAAGCAAGUGCUGUCAUCCUUGAAGCCAUCAACCUGGAGGCCGAGAAAUACAGGAUGGGGCACACAAAGGUAUUCUUCCGCGCCGGUGUGGUGGGUACCUUAGAAGAACUCCGAGACGACCGCCUGGCCAAGAUCAUCUCUUGGAUGCAAGCUUGGAUCCGCGGUUACAUCAGCCGGAAGACUUACAAGAGACUGCAAGAGCAGCGCGUAGCCCUUAUCGUCGUCCAGCGCAACCUCAGGAAGUUCAUGCAACUCCGCACCUGGGCCUGGUACCGUCUCUGGCAGAAGGUCAAGCCCCUCCUCAACGUCACCCGAGUCGAGGACGAGAUUCGCGCCCUCGAGGAGAAAGCCGCCAAGGCCGAGGAGAACUACGAGAGGGAGGCCAAGUUGCGAAAGGAGCUCGAGGCCAAGAACGUCGCCCUCCUCGAAGAGAAGAACAACCUCAUGGUGGCUCUCGAGUCCACUAAAGGCAAUGUAAGCGAGUACCUAGACAAGCAGGCCAAAUUGCAGAGCCAGAAAGCAGAUCUGGAAGCUCAGCUCAAUGAAACCAGUGAGCGCCUGCAGCAGGAGGAGGAAGCUCGUAACCAGCUCUUCCAAGGCAAGAAGAAGCAGGAACAGGAAAUCAGCGGACUCAAGAAGGACAUUGAAGAUCUUGAACUCUCCAUCCAAAAGGCUGAACAGGACAAAGCAACCAAAGACCACCAAAUUCGCAACCUGAACGAUGAAAUCGCCCAUCAGGACGAACUCAUCAACAAAAUCAACAAAGAAAAGAAGCACCUCCAGGAAUGCAACCAGAAGACCGCCGAAGAUCUCCAAGGCAUCGAAGACAAGUGCAACCACCUCAACAAAGUUAAAGCCAAACUCGAAUCGACCCUCGACGAACUCGAGGAUUCCCUAGAGCGCGAAAAGAAGCUCCGAGGUGAGGUGGAUAAGUCAAAGAGGAAAGUCGAGGGUGACCUCAAGCUCACACAGGAAGCAGUUUCAGAUCUUGAGCGUAACAAGAAAGAACUCGAACAGACCAUUCAACGAAAGGACAAGGAAGUCUCCUCCUUGGCCAGCAAGCUUGAGGACGAGCAAGGUCUCGUUUCCAAACUCCAAAAACAGAUCAAGGAACUGCAAGCCCGCAUUGAAGAACUCGAGGAAGAGCUCGAGCAUGAACGCCAGGCCAGAGCCAAGGCUGAGAAGUCGAAAACUCACCUCGGACGUGAGUUGGAGGAGCUCGGCGAGCGCCUCGAUGAGGCCGGUGGUGCCACAGCUGCCCAGAUCGAACUCAACAAGAAGAGAGAGGCCGAGCUGGCCAAACUUCGCCGCGACCUGGAAGAGUCCAACAUCCAGCAUGAAUCGGCUCUCGCCAGCCUCAGAAAGAAGCACAACGAUGCAGUUGCGGAAAUGUCUGAACAGAUCGACCAUCUCAACAAGAUGAAGGCCAGGGCGGAGCGUGAAAAGACUACUCUCUCUUCGGAACUCAAUGAUGCCCGAUCUGCAGCUGAUAUGCUCAGUAAUGACAAGGCUGCAGCUGAAAAGAUGAACAAGCAGUUGCAACACCAGGCCAAUGAAAUUCAGUCCAAACUCGACGAGGCCAACCGCACCCUGAACGACUUCGACGCCACCAAGAAGAAGCUUGCCGUUGAAAACGCCGACCUCCUCCGCCAGCUGGAAGAAGCCGAAAGCCAGGUCGGACAGCUCUCCAAACUUAAGCUCUCUCUCACCAACCAGCUCGAGGAUACCAGGAAACUUGCCGACGAUGAGAGCAGGGAACGCGCUACUCUCCUCGGCAAAUUCAGAAACCUGGAACACGACAUCGAUGGCCUCAGAGAGCAGCUCGACGAAGAAGGCGAAGCGAAGGCUGACCUCCAGCGUCAACUUUCCAAGUCAAACGCCGAGGCUCAGAUGUGGCGCGCCAAAUACGAAUCUGAAGGCGUGGCACGCGCCGAAGAGCUGGAAGCCGCCCGUCUCAAACUCGCCGCCCGCCUGGAAGAAGCUGAGCAGCAGAUCGAGCAGCUCAAUGUCAAGAACAUGAACCUCGAAAAGACGAAGCAACGCGUCUGCACAGAGCUCGAGGACAUGCAGAUCGAGGUCGAGCGCGCUCAGACCUUGGCUGCCGCCGCUGAGAAGAAACAGAAGAACUUCGACAAGAUCAUUUCCGAAUGGAAAAUGAAGGUCGACGACCUUGCUGCCGAGCUGGACGCCUCUCAGAAGGAAUGCCGCAACUACUCCACGGAACUCUUCCGCGUCAAGGCAGCCUACGAGGAGAACCUUGAGCAGCUCGACGGCGUCCGACGAGAGAACAAGAACCUCGCCGAUGAGAUCAAGGACCUCAUGGACCAAAUUGGCGAAGGAGGCCGCUCCCUUCACGAAGUCGAAAAGAACCGCAAGAGACUCGAGAUCGAGAAGGAAGAGCUUCAGGCUGCUCUAGAAGAAGCCGAGGCAGCCCUAGAACAGGAGGAAAACAAAGUCCUAAGAGCUCAGCUCGAACUCAGCCAGGUCAGGCAGGAGAUCGACAGGAGAAUUCAAGAAAAGGAAGAAGAGUUCGAAAACACACGCAAGUGUCACCAACGCGCCAUCGACUCCAUGCAGGCUUCCCUCGAGGCCGAAGCCAAGGGUAAGGCCGAGGCCCUCAGGAUGAAGAAGAAACUCGAGUCGGACAUCAACGAGCUCGAGAUCGCUCUCGACCACUCCAACAAGGCCAACGCCGACCUCCAGAAGCACAUCAAGAAGCUGCAAGGCGAGAUGAAGGAUCUGCAGACCAGAGUGGAGGAGGAGCAGCGGCUGGCCUCCGAGUACCGCGAACAGUACGGCAUCGCCGAGCGCAGAGCCAACGCACUCCACGGCGAACUGGAAGAAUCCAGAACUCUCCUGGAACAGUCGGACCGCGGCAGGCGCCAGGCGGAGGCUGAAUUGGCGGAGGCUCACGACCACCUCAACGACCUCACCUCGCAGAACAAUUCGCUCACCGUCGCCAAGAGGAAGUUGGAGAGCGAGAUGCAGACACUUCAUGCUGAUCUUGACGAGAUGCUGAACGAAGCCAAGAACUCGGAGGAGAAGGCAAAGAAGGCCAUGGUCGACGCCGCCCGCCUCGCAGACGAGCUCAGAGCGGAGCAGGAGCACGCCCAGACCCAGGAGAAGAUGCGCAAGGGGCUGGAGGUCCAGGUGAAGGAACUCCAGGUCCGGCUGGAGGAGGUUGAAGGCAACGCCCUCAAGGCGGGCAAGAAGGCUCUCGAGAAACUGGAGAAGCGCGUCCGCGAACUCGAGAGCCAGCUGGACGACGAAGCCCGCCGCCAUGCUGACGCCCAGAAGAACCUGAGGAAGUGCGAGAGGCGCAUCAAGGAGCUCACCUUCCAGUCCGACGAGGACAAGAAGAACCACGAGAGGAUGCAGGACCUGGUCGACAAGCUCCAGCAGAAGAUCAAGACCUACAAGCGGCAGAUCGAGGAGGCCGAGGAGAUCGCCGCCCUCAACUUGGCCAAGUUCCGCAAGGCCCAGCAGGAGCUGGAGGAAGCUGAAGAACGCGCCGACAACGCUGAACAAGUCGCUAACAAAGCUAAGGUGAAAGGACGCGCCGGUUCAAUGGCUCGUAUGUCCCCACAGCCUUUCGGUGGCGCCUUCGGCAGAAUGAUGCAACAGCAGCAGUAAUUGUGAUGACAUCGACAACUCCCAACGACUGCUAACGAGAGAUCGGCGGUUAAAAAUACCUAAAUACUCCUUUUGUAUCCAUUACCGAUCCCCCCUCAUUACAUUACACUACUGCCAGACAUAACUUCACUUGGCCCCCUCGACGUCCUCCAUCCGUUCAACUUUUCCCGUCUCCUUCCUUUUCUUUCCCACUUUCAUUUUUUUGUUUGUUGCGCCUUUGUAUAAGGAUCAUAACAUUAAGUCCCAGGAUUCUUGUAGUACAACAAGGAGAAGAGCGACGUUUCACGGGGAACGAUUGUGUCAGGAUCCGUCGCCCUUGAAUUCCUCUUCUCCCGAAAGGAAGAAAGGAGAGGCAAAACACGCCUUCAUUCUUCCGAACCGCGGGAGACUUGGGAAACGUCAUAAAAAUGAAGAAAAUAAGUCAGACACACACACGAGAACAACAUCAACAGCCCCAACGGAACGAAAGGGUCGACUAGUCUUUCAUUUUCUUUCCCAAUCAAGCUUAGCUCUUGGGGUUCCUCCUGAACCAGCCAAUAAUCAACCCGCGACUGAAACGCAUUGCUUCCAGACGACGACGAUGAUCUCUUUCAACGGGGGGGACUUAAACGACUCCAUCCACUUCCGUCUCUCUUGCAAAUAAUACUUUCUAUCCGUCUCGCGCGACCGAAGGUCUACAGGUGAGAACGCUUCAUUUUCCAACAACAAAAAUAAUCCGUCGAGGAGGAGGACUUGAGAAUACGAGGGAAACGUUUACUUGAAUUGGAACCCUCCCUCAAUAACGUGUUGCUGUUAAACGUUUACUUGAAUCCUUUCACUGUGUCUUUUUUUCCUUUUCUAAAUGUAUUUGUUGAGACGUUCAUCAAUUUUUCUAGCAGACAAGGGAGAGAUUCUAAUGUGUGGAUUAUCUUGAUUUUCCUGCUCUUUUGGUUAGGUUAGCAAAGACAACACAUUAAUAAACCUUAGUUCCUUGUGUACUACAAAUGUCUCUGUAUGUAUGGAUCUAUAUAUGGAAUAUAUUGUAUUAAUAAAUGCAUGGCUGGGAA